CUCCUCUCUCCCAUAUCACUUUUCCAAAUUUUCUAAUCAUCCAAACACCAAAAAGAAAAUGUUCCGUUUAAGCAAUAACCUAGUCGGCAUCCUAAACUUCGUCACCUUCCUCCUCUCAAUCCCAAUCCUCGGCGGCGGAAUCUGGUUACGCAACCACGGAACUUCCGAAUGCGAGAAGUUUCUCGACACGCCGAUCAUCGUACUGGGCGUGUUCUUGAUGCUGGUUUCGCUAGCCGGGUUGAUAGGCGCGUGUUGUCGGGUUUCGUGGCUGCUAUGGUUUUACUUACUGGUUAUGUUUCUGUUGAUUGUGUUGCUGUUUUGCUUCACGAUCUUUGCCUUUGUUGUGACGAAUAAAGGGGCGGGUAAGGUUCUGUCGGACCGGGGGUAUAAGGAGUAUAGAUUGGGGGAUUAUUCGAACUGGUUGCAGAAGAGAGUUGGGGAUGGUAAGAAUUGGAAUAAGAUUAGGAGUUGUUUGGCUGAUGGGAAAAUUUGUUCGGAUUUUAAUCAGAAGUAUUUGAAUGAUACUGUUAAUGUGUUUUAUGGGAGGCACUUGUCUGCUAUUCAGUCUGGUUGCUGUAAGCCAGCAGAUGAGUGUGGAUAUGAUUAUGUAAGUCCAUCAAACUGGACACCAAAAACUACAAAUUCAACAAAUCCGGACUGUGCUCUAUGGAACAAUGAACCGAAAACUCUUUGCUUUAACUGCGAUUCAUGCAAGGCCGGACUUCUCGACAACCUCAAGAGAGACUGGAAGAAAGUUGCUGUUGUCAACAUUAUCUUCUUAAUCUUCCUCAUCGUCGUCUACUCCAUUGGAUGCUGCGCGUUUAGGAAUAACCGAAGGGACAACAGUUACUCUUCCGGAUGGAAGAAUCACCCUUGAGAGGCGGAUCGAGUCAGAGAUAUUGUUAUAUUAGUUCAGUAGCUAUAGCAUGAAUUGGUAUUAUGUUCAUGUACUAUUAUUAUGUAGUAGGAUUUAAGUAGUUAGGCAGCUUCUGUUUAUUUGCUGCACAUUCUGCUUUUAUGUUCUGUUUUUUUUUAUUCUCUUGUAUAGCAUUCUAUAUGUGGUUUAUUUUUUUUAACUUCUUAUUAGAAGUUAGAACACCCUGGAUUUAUUAUUUAUCUCCUGUGUGCCUGAUUUCUUAAUUAUGGCUUGGUCAGGGGUUUCAGCUUUAAA